AUGACCGUCUCAUCCUCCAUCGGAUGCUCCCCAACCGCCGACGACGCCUUCGGCCCCAUCGUGCAGAACUGCCGCGACGGGUUUGACUUUACCCUGACCUUUGAACAAUGCCUUUUCACAAUCCUCCCUGCUUCCCUCCUCCUGCUUGUCGCACCUCUGCGCCUCCGCCACCUCGGCAAGCUCCCCCGCGCCGUGGCCGACGAUGCCCUCCGACUAACCAAGCAGGUCGCCAUCGGCAUCCUCGCUGUGCUACAGCUUGUCCUCGUAGCGCUGUGGGCAACUCGCCGUGAUGCGGGACGCCUGCGCACCGUCUCCGUAGCCGCGUCCUGCGCGUCAUUUGCCGCCACUGUCAUGUUUGGUGGUCUCUCGUACAUAGAACACGCGAAGAGCCUUAAGCAUUCGUCCAUCUUGAAUAUAUACAUCUUUGUGUCUUUGGUGCUGGACGGAGCAAUCCUCCGCACCGUAUGGCUGUCGCACUUAAGCGUCGCCAUCGGCGCCGUCUUCUCCGCGUCCUUCGCGCUGAAGGCGGCUGUCAUGAUCCUCGGGGCCCAGGGCAAGACCCGGCACCUCACCAGCGCCGGUCGGCCGUACAGCCCGGAGGAAACCAGUGGAAUCUAUAGCCGCGGUCUCUUCUGGUGGCUUACGCCCCUGCUGCUGACGGGCUUCCGUCGUCUCCUGAAGCCCCUGGACUUGUUCGUCCUCGACGAGUCCAUGUCGGCUGCCGUGCUGAACGAGAGGUUCUGGCUCUACUGGAACAGGUCGUCGUCCCCGGCGGCCAACCUGUCAGAGGGAUCGCCUCCUUCACAUCGUCAUCGGCUCAUCGGCGUCUGCAUCAGCACGCUGAAGUGGCAGUUGCUGGCAGUCGUCCUGCCGAGGGUCUUUCUGCUGGGCUUCACCAUCUGCCAGUCCUUGAUCCUGAACCGUUUCCUCGAGUUCCUGCAGAAUCCUUCCGAGGACGUCAACUACGGCUACGGUCUCAUCGGCGCAUAUGGUCUCGUCUACCUUGGAAUUUCCAUCUCGUCGAGUUUCUACUGGCACAAGGAUUUCCGGUCCUUGUCUAUGCUCAGGAGUGUCUUGGUUGCUGCCAUUUACUCCAAGACGACAGAGCUGCGAGUUGCACCCGGAGAUGACUCUGCGGCAGUAACUCUUAUGUCAACCGAUGUCGAAGCCAUCAUCCGCGCAUGGCGCGAGGUUCACGAGUUCCGGGCCAACAUCAUCCAAAUCGCACUUGCAACAUGGCUUCUCAGCACACAUAUUGGCUACGCAGCUUGUGGCCCGAUCAUAGUCUCCGUCGUCGCUUUGGUUGCCACCAUCUUCCUUGCUCCCGCCGCCCAAAAGUACCAGGUGGUCUGGGUCGAGAAAUUCCAAAAGCGCAUUGGCAUCACCUCGGCCAUGAUUGGUCACAUCAAAAGCAUCAAGAUGUCGGGUCUGACGCAGAAGCUCUCUCGAACCUUGGCGGACCUUCGGCUUGCCGAGAUGAAGGCAGCCGCCCCCUUCCGCAUCAUUGAUGCUGUUACUUCAGCCAUCGCGCAGGUGCCCCCGAUGCUCUCGCCGGUGGUCGCGUUUGCCAUGUACACUGCGAUCGCCUCCAAGAACGGGCAAGCUCUUGAUGCCACCAAAUUAUUUGCUGCUCUAUCCCUGGUCAUCCUGCUCGCGAGCCCCCUUUUCUGGAUGUUCGAGGUCGUCCUCGACAUGAGUGCGGCUCUUGCAUGCUUCCAUCGUAUCGAAAAAUAG